AUGGCACAACCCCUGGAUCUCAGUCGGCCAACUGCUCUAGUCCUCAUCGACAACCAAUUCGCCUUCACCAAUCCUGCAACAGUCUCUCACUGGGGAUCCUCGCGCUCCAAUCCCCACUACGAAGCCAAUCUCCAAUCCCUACUCCACCAUUUCCGCACAGCACGCGCAACAUCUCCAAGCGCAAGCAAGAACCUGCACAUCAUCCAUGUCUUUCACGCCUCCGACUCGCCCACGUCCCCGCUGCACCAGGAACACCCAUCUGGCGGGAUCCAGCCGCUGGACUUUGCAAUCCCCGCCGCCGAUGGAUCGGAGCCCGUAUUCUGGAAAGACGUCAAUUCGGCGUUCAUUGGUACGGAGCUGGAAUCGCACUUGCGCAAGUUGAACAUUCGACAGAUUGUUUUUGCGGGGUUGACGACCGAUCACUGCGUGUCGACGACGGUGCGGAUGGCCGCGAACUUGAGGAUCGUGGAUAUUCUCUGGGGCACCGAUCUGACAUAUAGGCAGAAAGGCGACCAUAUUCAUGACUUCGAGCUAGUCGAUGCGAAGGGGGAACAGGAUGAUGGUCGGAUCAUUCUUGCUGCGGACGCGACGGCGACAUUUGCGAAGGGAGGGUUCGAUGCGGAGACGGUGCAUCAGGUGUCGGUUGCGAGUUUGGAGGGCGAGUUUGCGGAUGUGUUGAGGACGGAGAUGAUUGUCGAGGCUUUGGAAAAUUACGGAAAGGCGUAG